GAGCAGUGACUCGUCCAAAUGGGAAUAAAGUAUGGAUCGGUGACAAUGAAGCUCCUCACGGUUCUCUUUCUGCUGGGAAUCCCAGCUGCAGCUCCAGUGCUGCACUCUCGGAACGUUUUCUACACUUUAACAUCUGGCUUACCAAACGUCACAGAGUUUGUGGCUGUUUAUGUGGUUGAUGGAGUUCAGAUCAUUCACUAUGACAGCAACACAGAGAGAGCAGUGCCGAAACAAGACUGGGUGAACAACGUCACAGAAGAUGACCCAGACUACUGGGAGGAGAGAACAGAGAGGAUGAUAGACAAUCAUUCAUCCUUCAAAGCAAUUGUUGAGUCUGGAUUGCAGCGCUUAAACAGCACAGGAGGUCGUCACGUUGUCCAGGGGAGUUUUGGCUGUGACUGGGAUGAAGAAACUGAUGAAGUCAACACAUUUAAUACAUUUGGUUAUGAGGGAGAAGAUUUCAUAUCUUUAGACUUGAAGACCCAGACCUGGAUCACUCUCAGUCAACAGGCUGUUGUCAUCAAAGAAAUGUUGGACGUUGACAAACCACGAUUGACUUAUUUUAAAAACUACCUUACUCAUGAAUGUCCUGAUGGGCUGAAGAAGUUUCUGAACUAUGGAAAGAGCUCUCUGAUGAGAAAAGAUCUUCCCUCAGUGUCUCUCCUCCAGAAGACUCCCUCCUCUCCGGUCACCUGCCACGCUACAGGUUUCUACCCCGACAGAGCCCAGAUGUUCUGGAAGAAAGACGAGGAGGAGCUCCAUGAGGACGUGGUCAGAGGAGAGAUCCUCCCCAACCAUGACGGGAGCUUCCAGAUGAGUGCUGAUCUGAAUCUUUCAGGGAUCAAAGAUGAAGACUGGGGGAGGUACAGCUGUGUGUUUCAGCUGGCUGGAGUUCAAGAGGAUGUCAUCACAACACUGGACAAACGUGUGAUCCUGACUAACUGGCGCAGUGUUAAAGACGCCAUCUGCCGGGAAAAGUUGUCUUUGCCAGAUACGGCACAGCUGACACCAACAGUGCCGCUCAGUGGGUCAGAAGAUAAGCGGCACCAGCCCAGAAGAGACAGCAGCAUGCAGUAA